GUGGCCACCCCUGGGGGGCGGGCAGUGGACUUUGUGGAUGUGAGCGAAGGCAACGCGCGCUGGGUGCAGGACUUCCGCCUCAAGGCCUACGCCAGCCCGGCCAAGCUGGAGUCCAUCGACGGCGCCCGGUACCACGCGCUCCUGAUCCCCAGCUGCCCCGGGGCCCUGGCUGACCUGGCCAGCAGCGGGUCCCUGGCCCGCAUCCUGCAGCACUUCCGCUCCGAGAGCAAGCCCAUCUGUGCCAUCGGCCACGGUGUGGCUGCGCUCUGCUGCGCCACCGACGAGGACGGGUCCUGGGUGUUCCGAGGCUACAGCCUGACGGGGCCCUCCGUGUACGAGCUGGUCCGGGCGCCCGGCUUCGCGCACCUGCCCCUGGUGGUGGAGGACUUCGUGAAGGACGCGGGCGCUGGCUUCAGUGCCAGCGAGCCAGGCGCACUGCACGUGGUGCUGGACCGCCACCUGGUCACCGGCCAGAAUGCCGGCUCCACCGUCCAGGCCGUGCAGAACCUGCUCUUCCUCUGUGGCAGCCGGUGAGGGCCACGCGUCCUGCAGGAAGCGACCUGGCCCCGGACACCCCAGCUGCCCCCUGACUACCAACCCUUGCCCGUCCCGGGGGCUCAGCUCCGUGCGGGGUCCAUGGCUGGGGCCCCCGGAGCUGGCUCUGCACCCGCUGGGUGCUGGAGGGGCCCACAGGCCUGCGAGCCUCUGCGGGGGCUCAGAACACACCCCCUGGGUGAGGCUGGGAUCCUCAGUGGCUCCCUUCUGACUCGAGGGCGGCAGCUGUGCCCUCCCCAGGCCUUGCUGUGGGUAUUGGCCGCCGUCCACCCCGCUCCCCAGAGGGCCUGGCCUGGGCCAGGUUCCCUCGUGCUCGCCCUUCUCACCCACUUGGGGGCUGGACCCCAGCCUCUGGGCCCCCUGGUAAGACCCGGGCACAACCAUGUGGCCAGGGGACUCUGGCCCUGAUGCCCUACAGCCUCUACUGAGCCUCUGCAUCCAGGGGUGGUGCUGGUGUGGCCCUGACCUGGCGACCUGCCCGCUAGCCUCAGGCCUCGGUCUGCUAGGCGCUGGGGCGGCCAUCUGCCUGGAGCCGUGGAUGGACCCACCAGAGAAAUAAACGCCUGCCCCUGUA